AUGGCUUCAACCACGUGCUCGCCGGAUUCACAGACUCAAGCGGCCACGGGCCCCGAGGGAGACGCUUCACACAAGGCGCCUACCAACCCGAGUACACCCCCUUCUGCCAUAACCCAGGAGGUCGAAAGCUCCAAGCCAAUCACACUGCACCAUGCAUCCAUUGGCUUUUCGAAUAUGCCUCCUCCGCCUAUACCUCAAAGGGCCAUCCUCCCAGAGUCAGAUGCACUACCCGACACGUCCGUUGACGUGACCAAAACAGCGAAUCCGGUUACACCUCCGGAGAAGAAGAAGAUCGUGUCGUUGACGUUGGACCCUCCUAUCGAUCACGACAUAUCGGAACUCCAGCAGGAUUUCGUAGUCCAGAACAUGUUCACAGGCCUCAAGAGAAAAUGGCGGGAUCUCAUUGAACAGCGUUCCAUGAUACUCGGAUCUUCGAGAGCAUUCCAUACCCGCUUCGAACCCAAUUUCGGCACGAUUCGAGAUAAAUCCAUGGAACCAGCAGCGACACUGCAUGACCGAUCUGUUACUCGAUCCGAUAACGAGUUUGGCCUUGUCCGACACCUGACGGUCGCAACCCUAGGGCAGUUAGCUGAUGCUACCCAAGCAGUUUUGCUGGAGAGCUGGUCAGUACGCUGUGAGCACGUCAUCAACCAGUACCAAAGAGACAUGCGACGGGAUCUCGUGCGGGAAGCGUUGAACAGAUGCCAAAGCGUCAAGGACAAAGUUGUCGCCCAAGCCAUCGAACUGAAGCCAGAUGCGCAUCUCGAUGCAAUGGAACUCGAAAACACCAAGGACACCGAGGCCACCGAGACCUCAACGCACUCCCAGAACGCCAAAACUUCCGAAAUCGCCAACAACCCCGAGAGGCCGCAAGACUCCGGGGACCCCGAGAACCCGCAGACCUCCUAUGACUCCGAGAGCCCCUGGGACUCGAAGGCCUCCGAUGCGUCAAAAACCGGCACAGGGCAAUAUGACGAGCUUCCCAGCUCCUCCCAAGGCUCUCACCUCGCCUCGCAGACGGCACAACUUGCGCAGCGGGGUCCCAAGGACGCCAACGGCAACGGCGCAAGCUACUGCCAAUUUGACUGUUCAGACUCCGUGCCGCAAUGA